AAAUUUCAUAGCAAAAAAAUCAAGAAAUUGGAACACAAGGAAACUGAAAGUGUAAAACCAAAGCUUAGUCAGAGUCCAGACAACUUGCUAUCUAUUCUAUUCUGCGUCUUUAUCCUCAUUUCUCUUUUUUCUCCAACUUACUUUCCCUCUUCAUUCUUCCCCUUUUAAAACUCCUCCAAAACCAGCAAACCCAAUGCGCAUUUCAUUGCUUAUUGUUUGACGACGCAUCAUGGCCAACGGGAAGACUGAUGGGAUUCUGCGGUUGAAGGCUUGGGUACAGUGCUACGAUUGGGGUAGAUUCGGGGCGGACUCGCAGGUGGCGAGGCUGUUGACGCUCAAUUCUGAGGCGGAGGUGGAUCCGGAGAUGCCUUAUGCGGAAUUAUGGAUGGGGACCCAUGAGUCUGGACCCAGUUUUGUGGUGUCGGACCUGUCGGUGGAGGAGGAGAAGGGUGUUAGUUUGAAGGAAUGGAUUGGGAAGAACCCAAAUGUGCUUGGGAAGAAGGUGUUGGAGAAGUGGGGUUAUGAUCUCCCCUUUCUGUUCAAGGUACUUUCUGUGGCGAAAGCAUUGUCAAUUCAAGCACAUCCAGAUAAGGAAUUGGCAAGAGAAUUGCAUAAAUUGCAACCACAUCUUUAUAAAGAUGACAAUCACAAACCUGAGAUGGCUUUGGCAAUUACAGAGUUCAAGGCUUUGUGUGGAUUCAUUAGUCCUGAGGAACUUAAGGAUGUGCUUCAUGAUGUUCCCGAGAUCGUAGAACUGAUUGGUACUGCAGAAGCAAACCGAGUCAUGAAUAUACACAAGCAAGAUAGGGAGGAGAAAGUAAAAUCUGCACUACGCUCUACAUUUACCCAACUCAUGUCAGCUAACGAGGAGAUGACAACUAAAGCAAUUUCAAUGCUCAAAAGUCGUCUACAACUUGAAAGUAAGUUGAGGCGAUUGACAGACAAGGAACAGUUGGUCUUGCUCUUGGAAAAGCAAUAUCCAGGUGAUAUUGGUGUCAUAUCAGCCUUUUUCCUUAAUUAUGUGAAACUUAACCCUGGUGAAGCAUUGUAUCUUGGAGCAAAUGAGCCUCAUGCAUACCUGAGUGGUGAGUGCAUUGAAUGCAUGGCAACUUCAGACAAUGUUGUGCGGGCAGGCCUUACUCCCAAACAUCGUGAUAUCCAAACUCUUUGUUCCAUGCUCACAUAUAAGCAGGGCUACCCAGAAAUCCUUAAAGGAUUCCCUUUGAGUCCAUAUAUAACAAGGUACCUCCCACCUUUUGAUGAGUUUGAGGUUGAUCGAUGCAUUCUUCCCCGAGGUGCAUCAACAAUUUUUCCAGCAAUCCCUGCUCCUUCCAUUUUCCUUGUUUUGGUUGGGGAGGGAACGUUGCAUUCUGGGUCGUCCAAAGAUGUAGUUGCCGAAGGAGAUGUGCUGUUUGCACCAGCCAACACUGAGAUCAUGCUAAGCACUAGUUCUGAGCUGCAGCUAUACAGAGCAGGGGUAAAUAGCAGGUUCAUCCAUACAUUGUGAGCCAAGAAUAGCGUAGCACCAGCCUUCAGGCUUAGAGUAUAUAAUUUAUUAAUUUUGCCUCAUGCCAUAUCCCUAGCAAUAUACAUUUAUUUUUUAUUUAUGUAGUGUUAGUACUUACAGAUAUAUACAAUAAAAGUUGUCCGUCUCAUCAGUCACAUUUUGCCAUUUUAGUUGUAUUCUGAUUCCUGAACAGCUGCAAUUGGUAAGAACAUUCUCGUUCUUGAUUCUCAAGUGUUGUACGAACUGGAAAAUGUUCAAUGAAUACACAUUCAAUAU